AUGGCAGCCUUAGAUUUAGCCUUGUUUCAUGUACCAAUUCAAAGAAAAGAAAGAACUUUUAGAAGCAAAGAAGAACUUACCCUAGACUACACUGAUACAGAACUUAGAGCACGAUACAGAUUUGGGAGGGAAGGCAUUUCAUUCUUAUCUGAUCUAGUAAGGGACAGGUUGACACGUCAGACAAACCGGAAUCAUGCCCUCAGUGUAGAACAACAGACAAUGGUGACAUUGAGAUUUCUUGCCAGUGGAAGUUUCCUCCAGGUCAUAGGUGACACAUUAGGUUUGGACAAAAGCACAGUUUCAAGAGUGGUCGAUUCUGUUUUAGAUGCCCUUUGUGAAAAGAGGAACGAGUUCAUUCAGUGGCCUACUAACCUUAACCAAACCAAAGCUGAAUUUUACGAGUUUGCUGGGUUUCCAGACAUUUUGGGUGCUAUUGAUGGGACAUAUAUAAGAAUAAAGAGACCGCAUCAUGACGAACCUUCAUUUAUCAACAGAAAAGGCUACCCAAGCCUGAAUGUUCAAGCAGUAUGUGAUGCAAAGGGUAGAUUUACAAACAUAAAUGCAAAUUGGCCAGGUUGUUGUCAUGAUUCACAUGCUUUCAGAACAUCACAGACAUAUUUGCUCAUGCAUGUUUGUGCUCACAUGGAGAAAAAUGGCAAUUGGGAAAAUGGCAUCUUACUUGGUGAUAGUGGCUAUCCCUGGAAUUUCUUAUGA